CUUUAGGGUUUUGGACAACAUCUUUAAUUAUUUAUUUAUACACACAGCUAAUACUUUGUCGAUGGAGGCUUUAAGUAGUGAAAUUGUGGUGGCGGAUAGGAGGAUUGUUUGCUCUGCAGUUGAGGGUUUUCUUGUUCAAAUUGCCAACUCUCUGGCUAACCUUCUCUUCCUGGCAGGAUAUUUGUCAAAUGCUACUAUUGAAGUUGUCCCUAGUAAUGACAUUAUGUUAAAGAGGGGUUCAAUAGAUGAAGUUUACAUGGAGUCAGCACCAGAGGACAAAGAUGAGAGUGAGCCCGAGGAUGAAGAUGACGAUGAAGAAGAAGAUGUAGAAGAAGAAGAAGGUGAAGGUGAAGAUGAUGAAGAUGCUGGAGAGGAAGAUGCUGAUGAAGGGGUUCCCAAAGACGAGCCUGAGGUCAAUGGUGAUGGUGAUGAUGAUGAUGACGAGGAUGACGAUGAGGAUGAUGACGAGGAUGAAGAUGAUGACGAGGAAGACGAAGAAGAAGACGAUGAGGAGAUUCCCCAGCCACCAGCUAAAAAGAGGAAAUGAGUGUAUCCCGGCCAUUUGUUCGUUUUACUUUUUUUUUUCUUUUUUUUUUUUUUGGCUUUUUGUUUAACGAGGAUAAGUGGCUGAUGGUAGAAAAGCUAUGUAUCAAGGUUGUCAGUUAUUGUCCCAAGUAGACAAAGUUGAUAAUGUUAAUGAUAUAUCCCUAUUUAUGUCUCUAAUAUCACUGUGUUUGGGCCUUUAGUCUA